GGAGGAACGAGGGAAAGAGGAGAGCGCAGGAGGAAGGAGAGAAAGUAGAGAGAGAGAAGAGAGAUAGUCAGAGUCAUAGGGAAGGAGGACGAGGAAGAAGAGUGGAGAGUAGAGAAAAAGAGGAGCAAGGAGAGAAAGAGGGAAGGAAAGAGAGAGGAGAGGGAGGGGGAGAGGAGUGGAGACAGAGGGAAGGAAAGAGAGAGGAGAGGGAGGGGGAGAGGAGUGGAGAAAGAGGGAAAGAAAGAGAGAGGAGAGGGAGGGGGAGAGGAGUGGAGAAAGAGGGAAGGAAAGAGAGAAAGAGAGAGAGAGAGGAGGGGAGAGAAGAGGAGAGGAGAGGGAGGGGGAGAAGAGAGGAGAGAAGAGGAGAAAGAGGGUGGGCGGUAGUUACAAAUGGCCCAGUCUCCAGCAGCCAGUGCCCCUCCUGUCGUGGCCGAGCCGGCUAGAGGGACUUGACAGAAAGAACACCUUCAUCACCUCCACUCAGUCUUUCCUCCUGGACUGGAUACAAACUCUCUCUCUGUCUCAGGACCCAGAAUUCGGAAGGCAUUAUACAGCAUACAACGUCCUCUGGUCUGGCAUGAGUCAACAUUGAGAUGAGAGAAAUGAUUAGCUUUGAACGUCCCCAUCCAUUAGCCCUGCAGCCUGGCGGCAGGAACCCAUCCCCGCCAUCACCAUCAUCACCAUCAUCGUCAUCAGCAGAGGCAACAUCAGCAGCGGCAGUGGUGGACAUCAGCAGUAGCGGCGGCGGUGUGCCUCCCAGAUACACCCACCACCACCACCACAACAACCACCACCACCACCUCCACCACUUCCAGCACUACCAGCAGCACCCGCACAGACGCAAGGCGGCCAGCGGGGCCCGGAGGAUGGAGCUCCGCAGUGGUGGUGGCGGCGUGGGUGGUGGUGGUGGUGGUGGUGUGGGGGCCGGGGUUGGAGUCUCCAGGGCCAGCCACCGCUCCAAGAAACUGGCCAUCCUCUCUCGCUCGCUCAUCCUCUGCAACUCCAAGACCAGUGACGAGGGCUCUAGUCCGGAUGAGAGGUACUGUGAGAGCUGGGGGACCAAUACGGGUAGGGGGACCUGGCCUAGGCAGAGUGGGGAUGGAGCUCUGCGCUGCCCGGAGUACAUCCUCAUCCCUAGCAGUGCCAUGACAACCAGCCACAGCAUCAGCACCGGUACCCCUUCGACUAACAUCCCCACCACCACAGGACAGGCACCUCAGACUGCCAUACCACACAGGGCAGAGGAGAGCAAGAAGAACAUGAGGAGGUCCUUCUCCAUAAAGGAAAGCAGUAUCUGGAGAAUGUGUGUCGCGACUGGCGAGGAGGGUCUGGGACCGCAAAUGGGUGAUAACAGGCUGCGGGGCCCAGACAAAGGCCUUAGUGUUGGGCAGGCACGCGAGGACAGACUCAGAGACGGUAGCGUUCAACCUGGGAUCAAGCUGGCCCCGUUUAAUGGCCAGAUAAUAAAUGGCCACGCACAGACAGAGGAAGAGGAGGCAGCGAGGCACUUGGCAGUGGCAAACGGCGUGCACAACAUAAAGAGCUGCACUGAUGAUGCCUGUCCCAGCAUCCUUCACUCCACGGCCACAGUUAACGCAGCAGACUCCCAGUCCAACUUCAGCUAUGGAGACAAGGAGACAGUGGGACACGGAAGCCUUAGGAUUCCCAUCGUGGAAGUCACAGAGGAUAGUGGGAAGAGCAGCAGAGAGACAGAGACCACAGACCACCAGACUACGAAUACUACUACUACAGCUACUACGCAAAGCCAAACCACCAGUGUGCACCCGUACUGGAUUGGAGACCUGGACACGAUCAUCAUGAAGAGCCCAGAGCUGUAUCGCACGCACCCGCACGGAGGGCCAGGUCUCUACGGGAACAGGAAGUCUCUGUCCCAGCAGCUGGAGUUUCCCCACGGAGUUUCACAGGCAACACAGAAGCCGUCGCGCUCCCUGAGCUCGGCUCACCUGGGCCACUCCAGCAGCAGCGUGCAGGCCUUCAUCAUCUGCAACAUCGUACUCAUGAAGGGCCACGGCAAGGGCCUGGGCUUCAGUAUAGUGGGGGGCCGGGACAGCAUGUAUGGUCCCAUGGGCAUCUAUGUCAAGACCAUCUUCCCAGGGGGGGCCGCUGCUGCAGAUGGACGACUACAGGAAGGGGACGAGAUCCUGGAGCUGAAUGGAGAGGCUCUGCACGGACUCACCCACGAGGAGGCAUUGCAGAGAUUCAAACAAAUAAAGAAGGGUCUGUUGACGUUGGUGGUGCGCACGAGCCUGCGGAUGGGGGUGGGCGUGGGUGUGGGGAUGGGGGGCCUGUCCAGCAACCAGAGCCAGAGCCAGUCUCAGGUGGCCCAGCUGUGCCGCUCGCGUUCCCUCAGCUCCAGCACCGCCAUCAGCCGCGUCAGCGCAGACCUGACCGACUACACGCUGCCCCCUACUGUUGGAGCCAACGCCACCGCGGGCAGCGGCACGGCCGCCAACGCUGGCACGGCCACCGCGGGCCUGCCGCCCGCCAAGCCACGCGACCGCAUCAUGAUGGAGAUCACGCUGCAAAAGGAGGUGGGUGUGGGGCUGGGCAUCGGCCUCUGCUGUGUGCCCUCCACUACUGAAGGCUGUCCAGGCAUCUACAUCCACACGCUCUCCCCUGGCUCUGUGGCACACAUGGACACCCGGCUCAGAUGUGGGGAUGAAAUUAUGGAGAUAAAUGACACAGUGGUCUGCAACAUGACACUGAACGACGUCUACACAGUCCUGAGUCAAUGCAACCCGGGUCCGGUUCAAAUUAUCAUCAGCCGCCAUCCCGACCCAAACGUGUCUGAACAGCAGCUGAACGAGGCGAUUGCACAAGCUGUGGAGAACAGCAAGCUGAAAAAAGACAAGAGCCAGUGGAGCAUGGAGGGCCUAAAGAGACAAGACUCCUGCCCCCAUGGCAAGCAGAAGUGCGAGCGAUGCCCCGAGCGCAGCUUCAGCCAGCACUCCGUCCGCCGGGGUCAGAAGGUCAUGACCCGCUCCUGUAGCGAGGGCGCCUACAGCCAGCGCGGCGGCGGCACAUCCACCCACCCCCACCCACAACAACAACACCCCCACCCCGACCUGGUGUCCCGCGUACACAGCAUGGAUGCCUCCGUGGCCUCCUCCACCACCACCAUCUCCACCUCCAUCCCACGACCAGAGCUCGUCCCCGGCAGCAGCAACAGACUGACCCCCACCUACAGCGAUGACGACUACAACAUACCGUACAACUGCCCCGCCAACGUCACAUGUCAGCAGGGCCUCAAUGAGGAGGACAUGGGGGUAGUGAGGGGGUGCAGCAGGCCGAGGCCCCCUGGCCGGCCGAAGAGGUACUGCAGGCAGGAGGACGUGACCAGUGAGGAGAUGAGUAAUAGCAGUGGAUCCAGCCGCGGCUCACCUGUCAAAGAGGAGGACCUGCUGCCCUCGCAUACCAACUGCCUGGAAACGAGCGAGCACUCAGGGGGAACUAAAACAGCUCUUAGUAGCGCAGCCCUCGACACUUGUGAUGCCAUCGACUCCUCCAACCGAGAAGAAAUACCACUGGGAGAAGCAGAUAACCAGUCGCCCAGCCACCGCUCCUGCCAGAACCAGAUCCGCAGGGUCGGCCUGAGGCGCCAGGCCCGUGCAGAGGUGACCUCGGAUCAUCUGCAGGACCCCUGGGUCAGGCUCUGUGAUAGCCCGGAGAACCAGAACCAGCAGCAGACCAGCCCCACACACACCACUACCACUAUGGCCGACACACACACAGAGUGUGAGGUGACAGGAACAAUGGAGGCAGACAGUAAUGGGGUCGCUGAGUCGUCGCCAGAGCAGAGCAGCCCAACCGCAACCAAUCCAGAGGACUCCCCCGGCGGUGGUAAAAAGGGCCCCCCCGUGGCCCCCAAACCUACAUGGUUCCGCAAAAGCCUGAAAAAGAACAACGGGCAACUACUUCCUCAGGAGCAGACGAAACCUGCAGACAACAAGAACCCAAGCGUGAGCAGGACGUUUGGCAUAAAUCUUAGAUCUACGCCAUCAAACUUGUCGAUCAAGCAGAAGAUCAGUUCUUUCGAGACUUUCUCCAGCCCAGAGGCCGGUGAUCGGGGUGGCAGUAGGAGAGUGACUGCUCCAAAUUCACUCUCUGCGGUAGAGAGAACUAGCCGCCACACCACCACCAGCCCAGUUUCCUCUGAUGCAGGCUACACAGGAAGGAGCUCGACAUUUUCAAAAAGCUCUGUUGAUAAAAAGGAGACCCAGCCUGCCACUGUUGUCAACACAGAGGAGACUUCUAAGCCGUCAUCUCCUGAGGUCACUCCGCUGCAGUCACCAGCCCGAGAGGUGGGCCCAAAACAGACACCAACUGAAGAGGUCACUUCAGUACAAUCACCAACUCCAGAGGUAACCCCAGGGAAGCUUGCAGAGGAGAUUCCGGAACAGCCAUCUGAGGAACCCACAACAGACUCAGAAUCAAACGAUUCUAGAACCUCUCCGGAGCACAAUCAGGAGGCCACAGAGGACCUUUCCACCACCACCUCCCCAGAUGAGGAAAGUGCCCCCUCAGGGGACCAGGAAGCAGCUUCUGCUACCACAGAUCCAGAGUCAUCAUCUCCAUCGACUCACUACCCCAGAAGAUCCUGCAGCUCCAAGACCGCCCUCCCUGACAGGAUAGUGAGCUCCAGAGAAGAGGCCAUCCUGAGGACCCGUAGCCUUCCCUUGAAUGCCUCUCCACCCACAGACGGCACCACUCUCAGAGGCCUGGAUGGCGAGAGUCUGGGCAGGAUUCUCUCCUUCAGCAACCAGGUGUCCCAUGCUCUCAUGCGGUCCAUGCAGUCCCUGCCCCAGUCACCCUGUGUGCGGGUCCCCAACCCUCUGCCUGCUGCCUUGGGACCAGACUCGGAGGAUGUGGAGACUGCAGUCACAGACAAGGCACCCAUGUCCCCUGCGGGUGACGGCAGUGAGAGGGGAUUCUCUGUGAGCUUGGCCCAGAUCAGGGAGUGCACCAUUGGGCGUUUGGAGUCUGAUGGGCGUUUGGAGUCUGAUGGCGUUGAGGAAAACAGGCCUCCCCCCACCUGUGCCCAGUCCAUGAUCUCGGCCCUGCCCCAGGACGAGAUAGACCGCAUGAUAGAGGAUGCCCAGGCACUAGAUGAGGAAACUCUCAAACAACUGGAAGACAUCCACGUGGUGAUCCUACACAAGGAGGAGGGAGCUGGGCUGGGCUUCAGCAUUGCGGGGGGCAUAGACCUGGAGAACAAAGCCACCACUGUGCACCGGGUGUUUCCGAGCGGGCUGGCUGCACAGGAGGGCACCAUCGAGAAGGGUGACGAGGUGCUGUCAAUCAACGGGCAGACGCUAAAGAAUGUUACCCAUAACGACGCCACGGCAACACUGAGACAGGCGCGCAGCCUGCGGCAGGCCGUGGUAGUGGUGUGCAAGAGCAGGGAUGGAGAUGGGGCAGCCGGCAGUGGCAAUAACGACUCCAGUACUGGUGGUGGCGCUGUAAGCUUCACAACGGAUGAGACAGGUGAUAUAGUGACGUUGGAGACGGAGAAGAAUGCGGGGGGAGUUGGAUUCAGCCUGGAGGGGGGAAAGGGCUCCAUCCACGGAGACAGACCCCUGACCAUCAGCAGGGUCUUCAAAGGCGGGGCUGCUGAGCAGAGAGGGAUGCAGGUUGGCGAUGAGGUACUGCAGGUGGCAGGCACAGUGCUGCAGGGCCUGUCGCGAUUGGAGGCCUGGAACCUGAUCAAGGCCCUACCAGAGGGCCCCUUCACGGCCAUCCUGAGGCGCAAGAGAGAAGAGCAGCAGGAAGUGGCGAAGGACUCAGCGGAGUGAUUCUACACAUUCCUCUCACACGUUAUACGUUAGUGGUUCUUAGACUCUCAGAAAUAAAGGUACAGAUCUCGUCGCUGUGGCAGUACCGCCCUACAAGGGGCUUGAUUGAUACCCCAAAAAUGAGUUGCGUUCAGUUUCUUGCAACCUUGUGCAGUUUCUUGUCGACCAAUGUGCAUCUGUCACCUCUUUUUUAAGGUACCACCCAAGCGACGCAAUGGUACCCCCCUUGAGGGUACUGCCACAGCAAUGAGUUCUAUACCUUUAUUUCUGAGAGUGUACAGUAACCUUAUUUCUGAAAGGCCCCCUUGCCUGUGCCCAAGACGACCCAAAGAUCUACAGUACAUGUAUACGCACUAAAAAAAAUUUAAGUGAUUAAUUGCAAUGACUCGUGCUCGAGAUAUUAAUCAUCAAUAACUCCAUGUCCAUGAAUUUUUUUUAAUUUGGCCUAAUUAUAAUGAAUUAUGAAUGGGGUGCAGGUUGAGAACCACUGCACGCGACCAAACAUCACUGCAUCUGUUGAUGUUUCAAGCUACUGUACUUAGAAGACAAAAAAGAGAUUUUGUACCGUAUUUGAUUCAUAAUUGAGGAAGAUGUUGAUGCAUGGUCCAGGAAGACAGAUGCUGA